GAUCCGAACAACGACAUGGCGGGGUCAAUCAACCACCAAGGAGAAACCAACCACUGAUCCCCGAGUAAUUCCUCCCCUGCCACCUUAUAUUCUGUAAGACAGCACCUAAGAUUAGAAGUGCCUAGAAAAUCCCCGUCAGCAGUAGUAGCUGUUCCUACCUUUGCCGUCUCCCCGCAAAAAAAAAUGACGACACCCCCCACCAAACCCGACGGGCUCACCCCAGAACAGCUCUCGACCUUCAACCGAGACGGCUACCUCGUCAUCCCGGACGCCCUCCCCGCAGCGACGGUGCAAGGCCUCCUAGCCGAGACGCGCGCCCUCCUGGCGGGGUUGGACCUGUCGUCGCACCCGCUCACGCGCUUCAGCACCGGUGACGGCGGCGGGGACGGGGACGGGGACGGCCGCGACCACGUCGGCGAUGCGUACUUCCUGGGCUCGGGCGACAAGGUGCGCUUCUUCCUGGAGGAGGACGCCUUCGCGGACGGCGCGCUGGUGCGCCCCAAGGAGCAGGCCGUCAACAAGAUCGGCCACUGCCUGCAUGAGCUGAGCGAGCCGUUUCGGCGCCUGCUCGACAGUCCCGAACCCAACAGCAGCAGCAGCAACACCACCGCCCCGACCCCAACCCCGGCAUCUAUAGCCCGCUCCCUCGCCUUCGCCGACCCCCGCGUCCUGCAGAGCAUGGUGAUCUGCAAGCCGGCGGGCACGGGCGGGGCCGUGCCGCCGCACCAGGACAGCUGCUUCCUGUACACGUCGCCGCCGAGCGCCGUGGGGUUCUGGUACGCGCUCGAGGACGCGGCGCGCGAAAACGGGUGCCUGUGGUUCCUGCCGGGGUCGCACCGGCGCACCGCCGUCGAGCGGAGGCUCGUCAGGCGGGUCGCGGGCGUGGCGGACGAGGAGGCGGGGGGUACGGUCAUGGUUGGGAAUGAGGGGGCGGGGUUUCCGAGGGGGGAGGGGUAUGGGGUUGGUGGGGAGGGGGAGGAGGAGGAGGAGGGGGAGUACGUGCCUGCUGAGGUCAAGGCUGGGACGCUGGUGCUGAUCCAUGGAAAUUUGCUGCACAAGAGUGAGAAGAAUCUCGGCCGGAAGGGGAGGAUCAUCUACACUUUCCAUAUCAUCGAGGCGGAGGGGACGGUCUACGAUGAAAGGAACUGGCUGCAGCCGCCCGCGGGGGGGUUCACUAGGUUAUAUAAGUAGGUAGCAACAUGGUUCACGGGUCCUGGUCGGUUUGUCCUGGGAAUGAGGAAACAAAAUUUAUUGAGUAUUUCAUGGCACCCAUCAAGGCAGCGGCGGCUUCCGGCAGUU